AUGGCUCUUGGUAAACGCAAGGCUUCCCGUAAUAUGAUUGUCAUGGCAAGUGCACUUGGCAACGAGGAAUUGACUCCGGAAGGAAGAGUUGCUGCCCGGUUGGAUCUGCAGAGUCAACGCAAGACUGGCAGAAGUGCUGGGAGACAUCGGCUAUGUCGACAGAGUGGAGUGGAGUGGAGGUCGUAUAUGCCGCACCCUUAUUACACCCUCGGGUCAAGGCCUACCGGCGAGGACGAUGGGAAGAGGCUUAAUCUAUUAUGGAAAUAUGGAAUAUGCCUCAACUUGAUGGGCGGUAUCGGCAAGCAGAAGCGCCAUUCGAGCGAGUGA